AUGGAAAAUGAGCGUGGCAAGCCGAUGCGCAAUCCAAAUUCCGAAGAAUGGUACUCGUAAGUCUUUUUACAUUACUUUUUUUUAUUUUUAGGUAUCGUAAUAUGAAUGGUUUGGCGAAGGUGUGCUAGCAGAAAUUUUAGGUAACAAGCAAGGCUAGGUGAAAAGUUGCAAAGAGAUAUUACAAGAUUUGUUACCUCAAAUCUGUUUUGCUUUUGAAUAAAUGUACUUUUUGCGUUUUUAUGUCAAAAACUUUGAUUUUGCUGCGUUCAAAAUUUUCGGUUUUUCAAUUUAUUUUAGCUGAUUUUCAUUUAAAAAUGAGGUUUUUGAAUAGCAUACUUUUUUAAGUCGUUUGCAAAACCUGAAAACCUUUUUCGUGAUAAGCCAAUUUUUUAAAUGUUUUAAAUUAUUUUUACAGAUUCUUUAUUCAGAAAUUCUAAUUUUAGGUAACAAAUUUUUGCCUAGUGUAAUAUCGUUUAUGUUUGAAAUGAAAAACCUAAAAAUUUGGAAGUUUUACAUAAUUUUUUUGCUUUAAAACUUGAUUCUAUUGCUAUUUUUUGCAAAGUGUUAAUUUAUAGGUGAUGAAAAUAAUUUAAGAUCUAUUUUUAAACUUUGCCGAGCUUGAAAGUUCGCUGAUGCUACCUAAAACAAUAUAUUAUUCUAACCUUUAAUGCUUCAGCCGCUCCGUGAACGAGAAAUCCCGCGAUGAGUUGGCCUGGGCUGCGCCGUACGAUGCCCGUUUCCCGCAAGUCCGCAAGCAGCGCAAGUGUUUUGCUUACUACGUUGACUUCCAUCGUUGUCAAGAAUUGAUGGGCAAAGACCACGAGCCGUGCCAGUUCUUCAAGAACGUCUACAAGGACACGUGCCCCAAGUUUUGGGUUAACAAGUGGGACGAACUUCGCGCCGACAAUCGUUUUCCAGCUCGCUUCGAUCGUUAA